AUGAACAAAAGUCUUUUUCGCCUGCCAUUUGAAUCCAAUGAUGAUGAACUUGGCCCGUGGAAUGUUCUGCUCAGUGAUCAUGCAAUUCAAGAUAUCCAAGAGUUGCAGAUGAAGCCUUGCGCAAUCGAUGCACUCAUGAAGAAACUCUUUCAGAUAUCACAUGGAAAAUGGAAUAAGCAUGGACUCCAACACACAUUACAAUCUCGUUCUCAUGUCAUACUACCUAUUUAUGUGGUGGAACUGAAACCUCCGAAUUGUGACAACUUGAAAAUUCUCUGGCAGGUUGAUUAUGGAUUCUCUGUUCGUGACAAUUCAUACAUUCAGCAUGCGGUAAUUUGGGCAGUCACUGUGAACGAAGAGCAAACCAACGAAAGAUUAGAAAAUAUUGCAUUACUUCACCAAGUUUACACCCCUGAGCAUAAAGACAAGUGUGCAUUCCAACAGAUUGGCAAAGGUGGUAUCGUUUUACCAAAAUCCUUUGAAGAUGAGAGUGGAACAAAGUCCGCCCAGAGCAGAUUGAGGAAGAACCAAACAGAUGAUGAAAAUUUGCUAAAAGUCCAUGAAAUGCUUACUACAAAUAAGUUUGUUCCAUUAUCAAAGAGCUUGUUUUUGUCACUUGCCAGAGGUGGUACUGAAUUUACUUUCCAGGUAUCUAAGCUUGAGUAUGAAAUUAUCAACCAUCCUUCAUCAGCAAUUGUCAUUGGUCGUUCUGGAACUGGCAAAACCACAUGUAUUGUGUUUAGACUUCUUGCUUCAUACCUGAAAAGCCAACCCAACGAAACAUCAAAUGGCAAUGGUGAGGAUUCUCGUAAAAGACAAAUAUUCAUUACGUUGAGUGAUAAUCUUUGUCACAAAGUAAAAGAAAACUUCAACAAAUUGCUAACAUCGGUAGCAUUUGCUAAUAAAAGGAUGUACAAAGAUCAAUCCCACGAGGAAGGUGAUAAUAUUGAUGUGACAAAUGACACAAAGAUUGGGAAAGAUAAAAUUCCAAACUCAUUCCGUCUUCUGACAAAAGACCAUUUCCCAUUAAUAAUUACCUAUGAAAAGUUCACCAAAAUGCUUCUAGGAACUUAUGAUAUUAAUGGUUCUAAUCCAAAUGGGGAACACCUAUCAAGAGAAGAUUAUCAAGACAUCAGCACUAAAAAAUUCCCAUCAUUUUGCUACAACCGUGAUGAAAUUUAUGAUUUAUUUCUAGAAUAUGAAAAGAGGAAGGAAGAUUAUGACUCAAUAGAUUUGGCAAUUAUUAUUUUACAACAUGUCAAAAUGGAUCGAGAGAGAGAGAAUCCAUUUAAUUUGCAAAUACAUGAAGUAUAUAUUGAUGAGUGUCAGGACAAUAGCAUUGUAGAAUUAGCACUUAUUUUAAAGCUCUUUGAACGUGUUGAUAAUGUUUUUUUGGCUGGGGAUAUAGCACAAUGUAUUGCAAGGGGAUCAUCUUUUCGAUUUCAAGAUCUGAAAGCUUUUGUAUAUAAAUGGGAACAUGAUCGACCUAAAAUUAUUCACAAUCAACCUAGUGCCAUAAUGCCAAAACUGUUUGAAAUGAAUAUUAAUUACCGUUCACACAAUGGAAUUCUUAGACUUGCUUCAUCAGUAAUUGAUCUAAUCACUCAAUUUUUUCCUGAGUCCAUUGACCAGAUGCCACGUGAGUGUGGUGAAGUUGGUGGUCCUCGACCAAUUGUUUUUGAAGGGAUUGAUUCUGAAGCAUUCUUUUUCCAUGACUUUUCUGAGGAUGGGAAUGAGACAAGUAAUAUUGAAUUUGGUGCUGAGCAGGUCAUUAUUGUACGUGAUGAAGAAGCUAAAGAGCAUGUGAAGAAAAAAAUUGGUGAAGAAUUUGGAUUGAUAUUGACUGUGUUUGAGUCCAAAGGGAUGGAGUUUAAUGAUGUGCUGUUGUACAAUUUCUUUGCUGAUUCACCUGCAUGCUCAAAGUGGCGUGUAAUUUUCUCUGCAUUUGACAACCAUUCAAAAGGAAUUCAAGAAUUUUAUCAUGAGAAACAUUAUAUACUUUCUUCAGAACUCAAACAUCUUUAUGUUGCAGUGACAAGAGCACGCCAGCAAAUUUGGAUAUAUGAUGAAAACACUGAAUGGAGUGAGCCAGUUUGUAAGUAUUGGGAACAUCAUAAACUGGUCAAUGUAAUUAAUAUUGUGAAUGGAAACAGUGCUACUUUGUCUACUUUGGCUAAGAAAAGUAGUCAAUCUCAAUGGGAUCAACAAGGAGAAUUUUUUUUUAAACGACAGCAAUAUGACCAGGCUGCUUUCUGUUUCAAGAAAAGUAAAAAUGAAAAGUACAAUCUAGCAAAAGCAAAAUAUCUUCAGCAGUUUGCCAAAGAUUCUAGAUAUGAUUCUGAUGUUACUACUGUGAAUUUCAAUUUUGUUAGUGCUGCUGAGGCUUUCUUAAAAUGUUCAUUACCAAUUAAUGCAGCUUCAUGUUAUCUGGAGGUCAACAUGUAUGAAAAAGCUGGUGAUAUUUAUGAAAAUUGUGGUAAGUUAGAGUAUGCUGCUCAUUUUUACUCUAAAGCCAAUAAAUGGGAUAAAGUAGGUGAUACUUUUAAAAAGGCAAAGAAGUAUGAUAAAGCAUUUCUUGCUUAUAAAGAUGGUAAAUUUUAUGAAAAAAUAAAUGAUUUGGUGAAAAGUUACAGACAAGAGAUUGAUGAGAAUCUUAUUAGCACUCAUUAUCGAUCUGUUUCCAGAGGACUAUGCUCAUGUGGCAAGUUUGAAGAGGCCAUUAACAAUAUUGUCAUCUUGAAAGAGGCCAAUUCAGAAGAUCUUGAGGUGUUAAAAUGCUUCUUAAAUCUAUGCAGAGUUAACAUAAUAAAAAAUAUUAUGACAUUUUCAAAUACCAAACAAGAAGUGAAAAAGCUCAUUUCCAAGGCAAAUAAUUUUGUCAAGAAAUUCAAAUCACAAUUGUUAGAAAAAUCUGAACAAUGGGAAAGUUUGAUGAAAGAAAUACAAUUAUACUCAGCUUAUUUAAAUAAGGACCUCAAUGGUGUUAAUGAGUGUAUACAAUUCUUUAGAAGUAAUCAAGAGCCUGUUACUGAAUUUUGUGCAGUAAAUAUAUGUCUGCAAAUCAUUCCUCAAUCAGUAGAGCACUGGCAUGAAUGGCUGCAAUGUCUGUUAAGAUUAUGUGUACUAACUUUUAUUUUUAUAGCACCACAUCAAAAUAUUGACAACAUUAACAAAAUUCAUAAGGAUUUUAAGGAGAUUUUUUUUGUGAGGAGUCAUUCAAAUAAAUGGAAAUUUUUUUUAAGCAAUCCAUUUCUUAAUAUGUGGAAUGAAAUUAAACAUGAAAUCAUAGAUGAUGAACAUGUUUAUAAUGCAAAUAUUUUGCACAUUAAAAUGAAGCAAUUCCUUGCCUCAUAUAUCUUUAAGCUCAUCUGUGAUGUUGACAAGAAAAGCAGGAAAAUUCCAAAUAUAAGCUUUCAUAUUUGUUGCUGUAAAAAAAAACCAAGUUGUGAAAAUCAUCAUGUGAUUCCAACACCAUUAGUUCUGCACCAACGCUUGAAACUUGCAAGUCUUAAUUAUACUGUUAUUCAACAGUUAGAUAUAAUGUACCAUUGCAAUGGGCUUCUUAGCAAGGAGCAAAGUGAAAAAGUUCCUGGGAUGCAAGGGUGGUGGACUGAAAAACUAGUUGAAAUUCAUAUUCGUUAUCAAUCACCACAAAUAAGCUGCCCUGAAAUGACUCAAGUGAUGCUCUCAAAACUUCCUAUGCACACAUAUUCUGGUUUUAUCAGUUAUGUUCAAAAUAUAUGGGUGGCUAAAGAGCUCAAAGUUGACAACUUUGCAACCAUGCUAAAAUGUAUAUUCAUUUUGCAACAGCUGAGGGACAAACCAGGCAUUAAGAAAUUUGAUUUGGAAAUGUCAAAAAUAAAAGAGCUUUCACAACCUGAUGAAUCACUCAUUGGUUUUGAGGAGUACCAUGGGUACAAAUAUUAUGAAGUAAUUCCAGUUGGAAAACGACUUUCAUUAUUCUUUGAGCAUCUCUAUAAAAACUAUGUUAUUGAUGCAAUCUUACAUGCAAAUGUGUUUAUUCAAUAUGCUUUAGACAAUGCCAAAUCAGUCCAUUUGGAUAGCCCCAAUGCUUUAGGUGAUCUUGUAUCUCUUAUGGAGUUUAAAGUGUCUUUGGUUUUCAUGGCUAGUCCUGAAUAUUGUGAUUUUUGUCUUCCUCGAGCAUAUCUUGUUAAUUAUUUUAAAGCAUUCACUGUGAAGCCACUUUUUUUUAAUCUUAAUCAACAAAAUGCUUAUCAUAUAGAUGACUAUCUAGCUGCAAUUGAUCAUUCUUUUAAACAAAUUAAACGGCUUCUGCAACAAAGGGGUGAUACAAAGAUAAAGCUUCGAUUGAUACGGCUCUUGGCUCUCAUCAGCCUAAAUGAAUCCACUUUUGCACAGAAGAUUUUUGAUCUUUUCAAUCAUUUAAAUAAUAAAAUCUCUUCUCCUAGGGCCAAGAAAUAUCUUUCCGAGGAUUAUAUGAAAAACAGCUCACCUUUUCACCUUAUGAACAUUUUGAGUGAAGACUUAAGUGACUAUGGCCUUGACUCUCUGGUCAUUGUCCAUUACAAUUGUGGAGGCACCUCCAAAUUUUCCAACUAUGAGAGCCAAGAUAUUGUGAAACUUACAUACUCUUCUAUUAAGGAAUUUCACUUUGCUCUUCAACAAAUCAUAUCACCAGUAGCUACCAGCUCCAUGUCUGUCACUAUUACUAAUGAAGAUGAAGAUAGUGAAAUUACAUCAUGGUUUCAACAGACCAAUGAAUCUGCCACAAAAAUCCAAACUUGGAUUCGUCAUGUUUUUGAUCAAAAGAAUCACACCCAUUAUAAGAAGAAUGUUAAGCAGGCAUUAGAUUCAUUGGCAACAACUGAGAAUGCAGAAAAACUUAAACAAGAAAAUGUUGAAUGGUUAGAAAAUAAAUUACAAGAGGCACAUGAUUUAAUUAAUCAGGUUUAUGAAUGGCUUGAUAAGUGCAAAAACGUAAUAAAGUCUGGAUAA